UGACGGAAGCUGCAGACCCGCGCAGCCUGAUCACCGAGAACCACAUUCUGAAGGCGCUGACGAAGGACCAAGGCCGAGAUGCUCGCCUUAUCUCCUGGAGCCUCGAAGACUUCACAAAAAAGGGUGACAACUACGCAUCUUUCGUCACGUCUGCCAAGGUCCGCUUCACGCUCUCGGGCUCCUCGAGGGAAGUGUCCUACGUCGCCAAGACUAAUCCUCGGAGGAGUAUCAAGGCUCUGGAGCCUAUGAUGAGAUCUCACUUCCGGCGCGAGGAGGUGUUUUACGCGACCUUGGCUCCGAUGCUGGACGAGCGGUUGCUGCGCCUGGGAGGAGGGAGGCUGCGGUGGGUUAAGAGCCUGCGAGUGAUUAUGUUUCGUGCUCUUCUGGUGGUGCAAGAAAUCGCCUGUUUACACGCUGCCUCCAUCCUCCUGCAGAAGGCGCUGUCGCCGGAUCCUCUCGCCGCCAGAUACCCCCCCUUCAGUAAGCGGUGGAUGGAGGAGGCGCCCGAGAGGGAGGUUUUCUCCGCCCUCUUCGCCGGCCAUCUGGAGGGCGCGGCCAUCCUGGCGGAGAAGGCAGGCGGGCAGUACGCGUGUGUGGCACCCUGGCUCAGGCAGGUCAAAGGGGGUAUUGUAGACCUACUGGCGGGGGAGUUGGCACUGUAUUCCCCCCAGUUCUCCGUCCUCGUCCACAACGACUGCUGGACCAAUAAUUUUCUCUUCAAGUACGACGCCCGCGGCCGGCCUUGCUCCGUGGCGCUCCUUGACUUCCAGAUGGCCACGAUGUCCUCACCAGCCAUCGACAUCAUCUACUUCCUGUACACGAGCCUGGAUGAGAAGGCCAGGAAGGGCCACCAGCAGGAACUUCUCUCCGCCUACUACGGCACCUUCAGCGAGAUCCUCCGAAAGGCCGGAGUCCAGGUCCCCUUCUGCCUCGAGGAACUCCACCGCGAGUGUCGUCGGAAGAUAGUCUUCGGGUGUUUAAUGGGCCUCAUCAUCCUGCCGGCGGCGCUGAGCGAGUCUGAGGGCUGCGUCGCUGACCCUGACGCCCUCACGGAAGCCACGAUGGCCGAUUACAGGCGGCAGCAGAGGGAAAGCCUGAUGAGUUUGGACGCCGGCAGCGCCGCCUUCAGGAGCCGAUUCCUCGCCAUUUUCGAAGACUUGUUAGAGAUUGUUGUUCAGAAUGUUUCUUCAGAU